AUGUACACACGAGUUCUUCUUCCCCCUCACUAUUUCGAGCAGCACCAUCCCAUAACUGUAAACGUCCGUUUUAUCCGAGAUGGCCGAGCUCGUGAGCCACUCUGGCGCCAGGUAACCGCGCGUCCCUCUCAUGGUCGUGAACAGCCCAGACUGCUCGGGGCUCAGCAGCUUCGACAGCCCAAAGUCGGAUAUCUUCACGGCUUCGUCGUGGAGGAGGAUGUUCUCGGGCUUCACGUCGCAGUGAAUGAUCUUGUGUUCGCAGCCCGUGUGAAGGUACGCGAGCCCUCGGGCAGUCCCGAGCGCGAUCUCGUACCUCUCCCUCCACUCCAAGAACCGCUCGCUGUUUUCUCCUCCGAACAGCGUGCGGUCGAGCGAGCCGCGGUUCAUGAACUCGUAAACGAGAAACCUCUGCCCGCGGUACGCGCAGAACCCUUUCAGCCUCACGAGGUUGAUGUGGUGGAUUUUGCCGAUGACGGCAAUCUCGGUGAGGAACUCCUUGUUACCGCGCGACCCCAAGCAGGUGAUCUUUUUCACCGCGACUUCGGUUCCAUCGCUGAGGGUUCCCUUGUAGACAGUGCCGAACCCUCCGGAACCGAUCUGGUUCUUGAAGCCUUCGGUCAUGGCCGCCAGCUCGUUGUAGUCGAAUCGGACGGGAAGUCCGGGAAUGGAGACGAAGUUGAUGUCAUCAUCUCUGUCCGCGGACGAUAA